AGGCUACCAUACACGAAUACAUGUAUGCUAGCUAGCUAAGCAAUUGCCAUUGAAAAGUACUCCAGAUAUUGGUUUGUGAUGUCGGCCUUUCAGUUCGCUUCCUCAAAAAGUUUUACAUCGACCCCUCUCAAAAGCAAAUCUGUUCCAAGGAGCAUCCCAAGAAGUAGGAGUGUGGAAUCGAUGGGAGACUCAACGUACUCCCUACUCUCACCUAUUUACCAUGACAGCUUUGAUUUAUCGGAUGACGAUAGUGUAGCGCCACUGAAACAUUGCCAGUCAACAACCCCUGACAACCCCUCUCCAAGAGCACAAGGCAACGUAUUAUCAGUCAGUCCUAGCAGGAAUGAGACUGAGUUACUACAUGCACAAGAUGCUAUGUGCACAAAAACGUUAAAUCUGAGUGCGUGGGAGCAGUGGGUUGUGAGUAAAGCCAGAGAAGAGCGGAAUAGAAUGCACCAGAAAGCUUUGGAGCAGCAAGUUCUGAAAGUGCAGAAGGAGCAGGAAGAAAGGGAACAUCAAAGGAAAAAGGUAGUCUGUGAAUGUAAGAUGCAAGAGUGGCUCCAAACGAAGAGAGAACAGGAAAAACAAGAAAGGCUUUGCAGGGAGUCUCAGAAAACUAAGGAAUUGCUCCAUGAAGAACAGAAACGGUUGGAGAUUGAAAAAAAGGCUCAAGUGAAAUAUAAAGAAUGGUUCCAAAAGAAAAAACAAGAGGAAAUGGAGAGGAAAGUAAAAGAGCAGGAGGAAAUGGCCAGAAGAGAAAAUGAAGAGAGAGAACGGAAAGAGAAGGCAGAGGAGAAGUUUAAAGAGUGGCUUAAAAGGAUAAAGGACAGAGACCAACAUAAACAACAGUCAUCUCCAUGUUCAGCUCGUGGCUAUGAUCAUCUGAACUAUCCUGCUCCCAGUUUUGUGAAUCCUAUCCCGUGGAAGCCAAUUCACAUUCCUCAGCAAAACAGAACCCCUGCGAAGAAGUCAGUAUAUAGGAAACAGCCUGGUCCACCAAAGUAUCAGUCAACUCUGUGCAUUAGUUAUAAACCCAAAGACACUAUUAGCUUUUCUUGCAAAAGGCGGUGAUGUCCUCUAGUGAAAGGCAAACGUUAAUUUUUGCAUUUAUUAACUUGCAAAAUUUUAAGCAUCUGGGAAGGCAUUUAUCAUUUUAGAAACUGAACCGUUUUAAUUUGUGAAAUGCUUGUGGUUUAUGUAUAACCAAGAAUUAUUUGGUUGUGUACAGUGACCAACUUCCCUGCAUUUUCAUGUUUUCCCUGGCACAUCACACCUUAUAAACUUGAUCUCAUGAUCAAGUCUGUCAUGAGUUGCUAAAAAUGUGCUUGAUUAUUACAGCAGGAAGCCAUGGUAUCUUAGACUUCUUAUAAGUUUAACCCCAGUUUUCGGUAACCGUGGUUUUAUAGUACUCACACCCUGUAGUUUUCCACAUCGCUGACGGUACAUGUUAAUGUUCUUCCCAAGGGAAGGUUUUAUAACUUAUUUUUAAAGGAAUAAUUGAAAAAAGUAUGAUUUAAGAUGGGUUGUUGGUUGUUGUUUUUUUUGUGUGUGUGUAACUGCAAAGUG